AUGGGACUUUAUCUCCAAAGGAAGAUUGGACCUGUAGAUAAAGAUGCAUAUCAAAGACACCUUGUAAAAACUACACCGAAAGUAUCAGAUAUAUUGCGUGAAAGUGGUUUAUAUGGAAAAGAUACCAAAUACAGAAAUUUCGUGGCUGGUGAUGUUUUGGGCUACAUAACUCCAUGGAAUGGGGAAGGUUAUGAACAGGCAAAAAGGUUCCAUGGAAAGUUUGAUAUGGUUUCACCAGUAUGGUUCACAAUAAAUAGCAAAAGUCCUUUCAAGAUUCCUACUCAUGACAUUCAGAAAUCCUGGCUACAUGAUAUGAGAGCUGAUGACAAUGACAAUCAUACUGUAAAAGUUUUGCCAAGAAUCAUUUUUGAUGGAUGGUCAAAUGAUGAUAUUAUUGAGUUGUUCAGUAAUAUAAAAAAAAGAGAUAAACUUAUUAGUACAUUAGUGGAUCUUGCAGAGAACUAUUCAUUUGAUGGAUAUGUUAUGGAAAUAUGGAAUCAAUUUAUAUUUGUUGGAGCAAAAAAGAAUGUAGUAACUAAUCUAAUUAUUGCUCUUGCUGAUGGUUUGAGAAAAAAAGGUUUUUAUACGAUUUUAGCUGUGCCACCUUGGAGAGGAAGUUAUACAUUUAUUUUAGAAUGGACAAAGAACUUUUUACAAAAAAGAAUUUUGAAGCUCUAG